UUGAGCCUAACUAUUGAUGCUGUUCAGAGUGGUGCGGAGGAAAAAAUAAACACCAAAGAGCAGGAAAAGAAUAAGACAAAGUGAGCCUGCUUUUCAAGACAUUGUUCCUGCCUCAACAGUGAUCCUGCGUCAAGUAAAGUUUAGCAGUGUUUAGCAGCCUUCAACUUGACCACAACGCUGAAGUGAGAGCAGAACAUGGACGUAGUUGUGCGCCUUAACCACAGAGGACACAAUGAGUCUGCUGUCCAGGCCGAGCACUUGAAACUGCCGGACCUAGGACUGAGACUGAAAGCUCAGGGCAUUCACAACAACUACCUCUUCAAAGACAACAUCCCAGAAUACCCAAGGCCAGAGUUCUGGGUUUCCCAGCUCAAACACGACACGAAUGAAGGCGGGCUAUUUGGCAUAGCCGUCGAAAGCCAAGGGGGGUUCUGUGCUAGGGACAGAGAAGAGGGGCCAGAGGACCCAGAAGAGGGACCAGAGGGUUUGGACCUGCUGUGGUGGAGCUUGUCUUUGGGAGCAGAGGAGAUGGCCUCGGCUGAACAACGUCUGCUCCAGACCAGGUACCCUGACAGGACAGAGGAGCAGGCCAGGGAGCAGAAAUCCUUCCUGCAGAGGUUCGCCACCUCACCUGCCUUCCUGGACACCUCUCGGCUGGGCUCCUACCGCUUCACCUUCCCCCUGGAGGAGCUGCUUAAGAGAUACCGGGAACAGCUAUGUGGUGGACACGAGCCAAUCCUGCGUGUGUAUGAGACAGUCCUGUACAAACAGGAGGUGAUGUACUCAGUGCUAGUCCACAGUCACUUCAACAACGACCUCUUUGAGAAGUACCCUCUCCUCCAGGACAAUGACGAUGGAGUCUGCGCUUACAGAGAUGGACAAAUCAUUUGGAGACCCGAGGCCAUGUGUAACACACACAGCUUCAAACUGGUGCCAAAGCCCUACCAGAACCAGCAUGUAGCCCACCUGAUCCCUGAUCCACAGAAACACCAGUUCUACGUUUGGGACAACAUUGCUGUAGCGUUCCACAUGGACGGUUCACAGAUGUUGACCUUCGAUAUGUACAAUUUGAGAGCCCAUCUGAGAUUCUGUGAGCCAGGAACGCCACCAAUAUCCCCCGACUGUGAGUUCACCACAUACGAGGAGGCCAAAGACAGGGUGGACUGCUAUUGGCCUUACUACCAUACCCCCCUGUUCUGAUAAACUUACUACCACACACCCCCGUUCUGAUAAACUUACUACCACACCCCCCUGUUCUGAUUAACUUACUACCACACCCCCCUGUUCUGAUUGACUUACUACCACACCCCCCUGUUCUGAUAAACUUACUACCACACACCCCCGUUCUGAUAAACUUACUACCACACCCCCUGUUCUGAUUAACUUACUACCACACCCCCCUGUUCUGAUAAACUUACUACCACACCCCCCUGUUCUGAUAAACUUACUACCACACCCCCCUGUUCUGAUUAACUUACUACCACACCCCCCUGUUCUGAUAAACUUACUACCACACCCCCCUGUUCUGAUUAACUUACUACCACACCCCCCUGUUCUGAUAAACUUACUACCACACACCCCCGUUCUGAUAAACUUACUACCACACCCCCUGUUCUGAUUAACUUACUACCACACCCCCCUGUUCUGAUAAACUUACUACCACACCCCCUUGUUCUGAUUAACUUACUACCACACCCCCCUGUUCUGAUUAACUUACUACCACACCCCCCUGUUCUGAUAAACUUACUACCACACCCCCCUGUUCUGAUUAACUUACUACCACACCCCCUUGUUCUGAUUAACUUACUACCACACCCCCUUGUUCUGAUUAACUUACUACCACACCCCCUUGUUCUGAUAUACUUACUACCACACCCCCUUGUUCUGAUAAACUUACUACCACACCCCCUUGUUCUGAUUAACUUACUACCACACCCCCCUGUUCUGAUUAACUUACUACCACACCCCCCUGUUCUGAUUAACUUACUACCACACCCCCCUGUUCUGAUUAACUUACUACCACACCCCCUUGUUCUGAUAAACUUACUACCACACCCCCUGUUCUGAUAAACUUACUACCACACCCCCCUGUUCUGAUAAACUUACUACCACACCCCCUGUUCUGAUAAACUUACUACCACACCCCCAUGUUCUGAUAAACUUACUACCACACCCCCCUGUUCUGAUAAACUUACUACCACACCCCCUUGUUCUGAUAAACUUACUACCACACCCCCUGUUCUGAUAAACUUACUACCACACCCCCUGUUCUGAUAAACUUACUACCACACCCCCUGUUCUGAUAAACUUACUACCACACCCCCCUGUUCUGAUAAACUUACUACCACACCCCCUGUUCUGAUAAACUUACUACCACCCCCCACCUGUUCUGAUAAACUUACUACCACACCCCCCUGUUCUGAUUAACUUACUACCACACCCCCCUGUUCUGAUAAACUUACUACCACACCCCCUGUUCUGAUAAACUUACUACCACACCCCUCUGUUCUGAUAAACUUACUACCACACCCCCUGUUCUGAUAAACUUACUACCACACCCCCUGUUCUGAUAAACUUACUACCACACCCCUCUGUUCUGAUAAACUUACUACCACACCCCCUGUUCUGAUAAACUUACUACCACACCCCCCUGUUCUGAUAAACUUACUACCACACCCCCUGUUCUGAUAAACUUACUACCACACCCCUCUGUUCUGAUAAACUUACUACCACACCCCCUGUUCUGAUAAACUUACUACCACACCCCCUGUUCUGAUAAACUUACUACCACACCCCCCUGUUCUGAUAAACUUACUACCAGAAUGAUGAUGAUCUACUAGGAUGUUUAUUUCUUGAUUUGCUGUUUGGAUUGUUUUCAUGAUUGUGUAUUUGGAUUGUAUUUGAGAGACAUUCUACUCCACUGUUGGAGAUAGUAACACAAUCUUUUCCAUGCACGUGCCAUAACACCUGCAAAUCUGUGUACGUGAUCAAUAAACUUUGAUUUGAUGAUGAUUUUGAAAUCAAACGGAAAGGAAAGUUAAAAUUGUUAUUCUUUCAACAUGCUUCACUGGUUUAAACCCAGUAAGCUACAUGUGUUUGUGUUUUUGUUAGUCAUCACUCUUUCUUUGUCAGGUUUGAGAACAUAUUGCUUUUGUUAGUCAGCAGUACUAUAUUGUUUGUCAGGAUUGAGAAAAUAUUGCUUUUGUUAUUUUUGUGCCUUUGCUCUACAAGGAGCUAAAAGGACUCAAGUAUUUUUUGUUAAGUUAGAAUUUUUAAGAAAAUAAAUCUUCUACAUUGGGACU